GACGUCUUCGAUUUUUGGACAGAGUGCGGAUUACUACGAAUGGAAAUUGAACACGCGGGUUAUUUUAUCAAAUAAUUUAUUAUAGUGGGCGUUUUAUGUUGCGCAGUCUUGCGGUGGACGGUUUGCUGCCUACCGCACGCCGAGCAUACCUAGUAACAUAACACAACAUAACCGCACUGCGAACAUAACCUCAAAGCGGAAAACCACGUCUCUCUCUCUCUCUCUCUCUCUGCCAGAAAAGUUUGGAGAAUAGGUAUUGCUGUCGCCGAGUCGUCGAGGGGUAUUUUUAACGCCUAUAUUCAAUAAGUCACUAAAUCCAAGCCUAUAUGUUAUCAGCAUUGAAGUGACACUGGAAAUUUGUUUCUGCCCAGGAUAUGUUGGCAACGUGGCUUUAAUGUGAAAUGUCCCGCAGCCUGCCGGACAGAGUGGCAGGGCUUUACUAUGCCCAUGGCCUAUUUUGUUCAUCGCAUCCCGUUGCCGUAAUUUCAUUGGCAAUAUCUGUCGUUUUGCUAUGCUGCUAUCCUCUAGUGAAUCUUCCUAUGCCAGGAAAUGCUCCUCGAACAAUAAUAAACCAAACAGAAGUGCCUGUUAAUGGUUCGGAAACCCCUGCGUUAUACGUGCAGCAAGUAACGUUGAGAGUGGGAGUUGUCCCAUGGACCGAAGACCUUAGCUUGACGGAUGCAUUCAGAGGACCACUUUAUGAAAUAUUCAAUUUAUUGGAGAUCAUCCGAAACUACCAGGACCCAGAAACGCUGAAGACACUUGGUCAGGUUUGCCUCCAUGUCGAGGCUGUGAAACGAAGAAAUGCCAAAAAGCCAGAUGUUCUACCGGAAUACAACUGCCUUGUUUUGUCGCCGGCAAAUCUAUGGCAGCAAAGUUUGGAGCUCUUCAAUCAGGACACCAAUCUUAUCAACACUAUUUACUCGUAUCAGAAUCUGCAAAAGAGCAAGGUCAGCCUCGCGGAAAUAAUGUUUGGCAUGAGCCUGAAAGAGACGGGUAUAAAACGUUAUCCUAUUCGCGUAAGGCAACGAGUAAUUCAAUACGCCGUGACAAUUGUUCUCAAAGAACACGAUCCUCGAUUCAUAAAAGGAUUGAAACAUCGACUCACAACGUACUAUCCUCUUCAUCAGUCGCCAGAUAAAAAUUCAUCGUAUACGCUACCAGUUGACGAGACGUUGCACAUAUUUUACCCUGGUGAAUUCAAUUACUGCGAUUUCUUUCCGCUUGUCAUGACAUUUUUUUCCUUAUUUUUGUACGUUUAUUUUUCGGUUCGUAAAAUCGAGCUGAUUAAGUCGAAAAUUGGAAUGGCAUUCAGUGCAACUAUUACCGUUGCUGCUUCCCUAUCAAUGAGCGUUGGAUUGUGUUUCUUUUUUGGACUGACUCUGAGCCUGAGUGGAAAAGAAAUCUUUCCAUACUUAGUUCUGAUCGUUGGGCUAGAGAAUGUACUCGUCCUGACAAAGAGCGUCGUUAGUACACCGGCACAUCUAGACGUGAAAAUCCGCGUUGCUCAAGGCUUGUCGAAGGAAGGCUGGUCAAUAACUAAGAAUCUAUUAACCGAGGUCACUAUCUUGACCAUUGGGUUAUUCACGUUUGUUCCGGCCAUUCAAGAAUUCUGUAUUUUCGCCAUUGUCGGAUUACUCAACGAUUUCUUCCUUCAGAUGGUAUUUUUUUCCACCAUUCUCGCAAUAGACAUCAGAAGAACCGAGCUGUCAAACGACACGUCAAGGUUUCAUUUACCAAAUGGUCCGUCGAUGCGUAGACAACAGUUCACAACAUUUCAAAACAAAAAAGGCAACAUGUUUCGUUCCAAAUCACAUCCAAGAUUGAAUGGCCUGGCCAGCAACGGUCCGACUAACGUCGUUGCCCCCAACAAUCAAAAUACUGCCACACUUGCAAAGAUACCGAAACGUUUGAGGCUUGUUCAUUUUUGGGCAAGAACAAGGAUUUUUCAAAGAGCAUUCAUGGUUUGGAUGGUAGUUUGGAUCAGCAUGAUCAUAUACAACUCUGGUAUCAUCGAACACCUGAUUAGAUUGAGCGAUCCGUCAAAACACGAAGCCGACAUCGAUGGAUAUACGCUAGACAGGCCACAGACGGUGAACAAUUACAUCGAAUUCAACACUGUGAAACCUGUACUCACCUCGUCUUCUACACUGCCGCCGAACCAUUUGAACGAUCAGAAUCCGUUAUCAAACAAUAUUACUGAAGAGCUCAACAAGUUAUGCCCUGUUGAUUUUCCACCCUGGAAUCGUUUGUCGUUGUACCACUGGUCUUCGAUCCAUUCGUUGUACAACAUAUCGCUGGCUGGUGAACAAAUAACAAUACUUCCCACUAUCAAGCUGGCUCAUGCUGUAAACCCUCAGCUGGCUAGGCAAAUAAGCAAUCCAAACGACAUACAGCAGUUCCAAUGGCAGAGCCUCGCGACAGCUGCUCUUGAUCCUUUGGAUUUUUCAGACAUGGAAGUACCAACCAGAUCUGAAGGACGAGGCUUUAAUGCUCCUUUCGUGCCGUCCAGUCCAAUGGAAAUAUUUUUGGCGGCUUUGCUAUGCCUGAUCAGCGUAAUAGUCGUCGCUUAUACAAUGGUAGUUCUCUAUCGCUGUAUCUGUAGCAGGAACUAUGCAGAGUGGAGGGCUAGUUGGCACCAGCAAGAGAAAUCAAACGAUUCCGUGACUCAACUCGUAAUGGAAGCCGUCCCUUUGGUACUGGAAGGUCACACCCAAGAAGUCGAAUGUAUAGCAACAGAUGGAAACACGAUAGCCAGCGUAUGCUUGGCUGGGCAUAUCAGAGUUUGGGAUUCGAUAUCUGGAGAACAAUUGGCUCACAUAGACAGAAAGCAAUUUUUUGGUAACUCCACGAAAGAUUUGAAUCAGACGAUUCCAGACUCUGAGGAGUUGAUGUCAGAUUACGAAAGCGGUUCCCCUCCUUCCAGGGGUGAGAUGGAAACUGCCAAUUCGUACGGACUUUACUCAAACUUGAGCGGCGCUCAGGUGAGAAAAAGGAACGAGUGCAUGUCGUACGACAUCAGGCAUUCCCCUGGCUCUUCGCUGGACUACGAUUAUCAAAUAAACGAAUAUAGUCCAGAAAAGCAGAACGAGCUUAUGCGAAGAAGUAUCGACUGCAGCUUUGACUUCCCGGAUUUAAGGUCGACCAUAAACACCAACUUCUCUGCCAUGAAAUAUUCCCCUGUUCAAAAGAAUUACGAACAAGGUUUCGACUUUGGCGAUCAAUAUAAACAACUGUUCGAGGAGCACAGGAAAUCAGUUGACGAAAUUCAGAAGUCCGAAGUUUCAGAUCGCCUUACUUUAUCCACCAAUCGAUUGAACAAUACCGAAUCGAUUAGUAGCGUCAAUUCAUUGGGUACAGACAAAACUGUACAAAUUACAUACCAAAACGUGUCGCCAAUUUGGUGUAUCGAUUAUCAAGAAAACCUGAUUGUAGUGGGUUGUGCCAAUGGAAAUUUGGAGUUUUGGGAAGGAACUACUGGUUUGCUCAAGUGUAUAUUUGACGACGGAUCAGGACUUGGAAUAUCUGCAAUUAAGUUUAUCGGCAACAGGGUAGUAGCAGCAAAGUUAAACGGAUCUUUAGAUUUUUUACAACUUGAAAUAUACAACAGAGGACAGCACAUGGACUGGUGUACAACUUCGUACAGAAGAACGCACAUUAGAACACGUAGCGCAGGAUCGCCUAUGGAUAUCGAUAAUUUCAUCCCCACAGAAGAUAAUCUGCGCUGUAUGAAAAUCGGCUCUCAUAGAGCGCACCAACAGCCUAUUACAGUUCUGGAUAGUGAAGGCGGUAGAGUUCUUACCGGUAGUCAGGACCAUACGCUUAAAGUAUAUAGGUUAGAAGAUCAAUUACCCUUGUACACUCUACACGGUCAUUGCGGGCCAAUAUCGUGCCUCUUCAUUGACAGGGUCAGUCCAAUGACCUCUGGAAGCGGAUCUCAGGAUGGGUUGUUGUGCGUCUGGGACUUGCUGACAGGCGCGUGUAUGUACAGCACGCAGGCUCACGAUGGGGCCGUCGCAGCGAUAACGUGCUCCGCUUCGUAUGUAAUUAGUAUAGGGACCGACGAGAGGCUGUGUGUUUGGGAGAGAUUCCAAGGGCACUUGUUGCACGCUCUUCCGGCUCAUAGGGCUGCCUACAGUCCCCAAUUAGUGAUGCUGACCCAUCACUUGCUCAUCACAAGUAACCAGGGAUGUUUGGUCGUUUGGGACGUGAGGACUGGAGAAGCCGUACGAGAAGUGAGACUGGGUCACAAAGACAGUUGCAUCUUUGUAAAACAAAUGCUGGCUCUGAGAGACAGUGUGGUUUGCGACUUUAGCCGACAGUUAAGGAUAGUCAGGUUUCCAUUGGUAUACGAUAAGGUAGACUAAGAUAGGUACGACGCGGUCUGUACAUAGUGAUUAAUUAAUUUUUUUUUCAACGAUGUAUAUUACAAAGCGUUUCCUUCGACAAUAACGGACGUGGUGUCGUUGCAUGUUUCCCCGAAUUUAUGAAGGACAAUAUUUAAACAUUUUUACAUAAAAACACGAAGGAGAACAGAACUUAAUGUCUUCAUUCAAAGUAAGAUAUAAAAUCAGUCGGUGGUUUUAUGAUUUUCAAAAGUCUAACUUUUUCUGUCGGCUAUAUUGCUGUUAAAACGGAUUCUUGACUGGCAUUUGUUAAAUUUGAUUACAAAAAGAUUGUGUAAAGAAUUUUUGCGUCUCGGUAGGUAACAGUAAUUUUUAAUGUUAAUAUUUUCUCCAUUUCCUCCCAAAGCGUUGCAAGACGUAUUUGUCCUUUAAAAGAUAAAAAAAUAAAAAUAAAAAUAAAAUGCAGUAGAUAAAUUCGGAUUGAGCAGUUGAUUUCUUAUUAUUUUCGUUUGGAUUACUGCUAAAAACUAAGACUGAUCCAGGUUGUACCAAUUGAAAUCGGCGAUCUUUGUUCCUUAUUCUCUAAUCUCUAUUCGGUCGUAAGUGCAUUAAAGUAGAAAAAUUUUUUCUUUUUUUUUUUUUUUUCUUCACGCAAUCUUUAUUCGUUCGUAACACUACGUAUCCGGUACCACAUCGAUUUAGGUAUAUUCGUGCGUAUAUUUAUAAAGUUUUACGUAGUUGAUUUUAGUAAGUGAAACUAGAUAUAUACAUGUAUACAUUUACACAUAUAGUUAUAUCAUAUAUAUUUAUGUACAACUAGAAAUAAUAACAAAUUAACAAUUUAAUAUAUACAUGAUAUUGUAUGUUGCAUUUGCCAAACCGGUGCUGUUUCAUAACAGAAAGAGAGGGAGAGAGAGAGGAAGAGAGUGCGAGAAGGGGAAAAAAAUUGAGAAUGAAAG